GCGAGGGUUUAAGGACAAAAACGGCGGCAGCCAGCGAGCGUCGCAGGAAUGGCCACUCACUCGCUGUAGGGUUUUGCGCCCUCGCCGCCUUCCGUCUCCGCCUCCGCCCCCCGCCGCCCGAAUCGACUGAACAGCUGCCGCCGCCGGACGCGGGUUCGCGGAGGAGGAGGAGCGGCGGCAGCAGCUGAGCCGAGCCGAGAGGGUGGUGGAUGGCCGCCGCGCGCUGAGCCUCCGGCACUCCGCGCGCUCCGGUGUGCUCGCGCCAGCGCCAUGGCCGCGGCGGUCGCGCAGAUGGUGGCCAAUAGUCUUGAAGCAAAAAGGGAAAAUACAGGGACAAAAAAAUCUCCCCUGCAAAUCCAGAUGCUGGAGAGAUUCUACUCUGAGGUACAAUAUCCUAAGUCAGAGUACAUCGCAGAGUAUGCAACAUCUGUUGGUUUGACUUACAGUCAGGUCAGAAUAUGGUUUAAGGAACGGAGGAGGAAAGAGAGGAGAGAAAUGGAAUCUCUAGGGGCUCAUAUGGAAAAGCAACUUAAUGCACGAUCAAAUGGGUUCAGAUGCAACAGCAGCAGCAGCAGGUUUGCCUCUUUUAGCCAGUCUACUAUCGACCAUCAUGUUGACAACGGUAUGAGCUUCAUAGGAGAGAAACAUGCACUCCGACCACAAGUUCUGUUUCCCAAGGAUUAUAUCCUGAGGAAAGUCUUCCGCAAGGAUGGUCCACCUCUUGGAAGCGAAUUUGAUUUCCUUCCCCAAAGUGCCCCUCGCCAUCUCAGAGAUACUACAGACUAUCAUUUCUACCAGAACCGAAGAGUUAUGAAGAAGAGAAAGAUUGUGGAGCUUAACACUCAUAGAUCUUCCGUGCCAUGUGAGGACAGUGGUCGUGUGAGGAAACAUGGAGUUGGCAAAGGUCUAAUGACAGUGUGGCAAGCAAUGUAUUCCCAUAGUGGCAAAAUUCAAGAUGGCUCUAAUUUUAUUGAUGAAACUGGUUGCUUGAGGUCCUUGAGACCAUUAGACGAUUAUGGAAGAAUAGAGGAUUGUGAUGAUGGAAAAUUGAUUCAGAAAAAAGUUUUGGCACGGAAGAAGGUGGAUAAAAGGAGCAGGCCUCCAUCCAAUAGAAGAAAGGUGCAAUGUAGCAGAGUUACUGCUCCAAAGAAGCAUCCUCCAGUGGAAUGCCAUCUUUCAGUGGAUGAAUCACAGUCCUCCGAGCUGCGGACUAACCAAGUGACUUUAGUUGAUGAUGAGGAGCUUGAACUCAGUGAAUUACAAGCAGGUCCUAACCCACUAAGAUGUUCAGUUCAUCGUUCUUCAAGUGGGAGACAUGGCUGCCCUCUUUGCAAAGAUUUACUUGCCAGGUUUCCUCCACCAAGCGUCAAGAUGAAACAACCAUUCUCCACAAGACCUUGGGAGUCGUCACCAGAAAUGGUGAAAAAGCUUUUCCAGGUCGUCCGGUUUAUCUACAAUCGUUUUGGUUAUAUGGAUGUUCAUCCCUUCACAUUUGAUGAGUUAGCACAGGCAUUUCAUGACAAGGAUUCGAUGUUGUUGGGGGAAGUUCAUGUCAAUCUUCUCAAGCUACUUUUUGUAAACACUGGAAGAGGCAGCAGUGAUGUGUUUGUUCCACGAUCUUCCAAAGAUUGCAGAUUUUUAAGUUUUCUGAACUUUGUUAGGGAACAGGAAUUCGAUCUGAAUUUUUGGAUCAAGUCUCUGAAUUCUCUUACUUGGGUUGAAAUACUACGUCAAGUUUUGGUUGCUUCUGGUUUUGGUUCAAAACAUCAUAUGCUGAAUCGGGAUUUUUUUAAUAAGGAGAAAAACCAAAUGGUUAAAUAUGGUUUACGUCCUCGUACACUGAAAGGUGAACUGUUUGCACUAUUGUCUAAAAAAGGAAGCCGUGGGUUAAAGAUAUCAGAACUUGCCAAAUCACCAGAGAUUGUUGAUCUUAAUAUCCCCAGCAUGGAGGUAGAUCAGCUGAUCUAUUCAACUCUUUCUAGUGAUAUCACAUUAUUUGAGAAGAUCACGCCUUCUGCAUAUCGUCUCCGUGUUGAUCCUCGAAUUAAAGGGAAGGAAGACUCUGGAUCAGAUACUGAGGAUUCUGGAAGUGUUGAUGAUGACAGUGAUGCUAGCAGUGGUGCUGAUGAAUCUGAAGGCUCACAUGAGACGAGUUUUUCUGAGCAUGAACAUAGAAUCACUAGAAGGAAGCGAAAAAAUGGUCAUGAAAAUGUGAAUAGAUGUAGUGAAAUUGAUGAAAGCUAUUCUGGAGAACGGUGGCUUCUGGGCUUGAUGGAAGGCGAGUACUCAGACCUAAGCAUUGAUGAGAAGUUGGAUUGCUUGGUUGCUUUAAUGGAUGUUGUUUCUGGUGCUGAUACUGUUCCAAGACUUGAGGAACCACCAAGAGUGUUGCCUAGCAUACCGAGAGCACAACCACAUGUAUCAGGUGGGAAAAUAAAGAAAUCGACCAGAAACAUUUGUCAAUCUAGUGAUGAGUGCUUUAAUACAUCAGGAAGCAUGCAUGGUUUGGAUUCUUCUAUGUAUCAGCAGUCAGGAAGCCUUAGAAGUCAUGAUUAUGUUGCUUACUCUGGAAGGAAUGAUUCAUCUACAGGAGUUGCUCAUCAACCACAAGUUGUUCUCUUAGGAUCUGACCGUAGGUAUAAUAAUUAUUGGCUCUUCCUUGGACCUUGUAGUGCAGAUGAUCCAGGACAUCAUAGGGUCUACUUCGAGUCGUCGGAAGAUGGUCACUGGGAGGUUAUUGAUUCACCACAGGAAUUACUUUCCCUGCUGGCUUCGCUAGACGGUAGAGGCAUCAGGGAAGCUUAUCUUCUUGCGUCAAUGAAAAACAGACAGACAUGCCUUUUUGAAGCCAUGAAAAAGCAUUGCGAGGAUAGAAGUGUGGUUGGACCUGAAAUACCAUCCGAGACGUCUCACUCUGAGACAAGUAGUGGAGAUGGAGCUUCACCCAAACUAAGUAGUGGAGAUGGAGCUUCGCCAACUUCAGACAUUGACUAUGCUUCUGUCCCCACAGAUCUAGUUGAUAAUAUUGUAAAUCCAUCAUCUGCUAUAUCAAUUGAAGUUGGGAGGAGAGGUGAUGAGAAAGUAUUGAAGUGGGAAAGAUCUCAAGCAUUUGAUAAAUGGAUCUGGACUAAUUUCUAUUCUUGCCUAACGGCUGUUAAGUGUGGCAAGAAAUCAUUCAAGGAAUCACUUGUUCGCUGUGAAAGUUGUCAUGAUUUGUAUUGGAGAGAUGAAAAGCAUUGCAGAAUAUGCCACUCUACUUUUGAAGUCAGCUUUGAUCUUGAAGAACGAUAUGCUAUACAUGUGGCUACAUGCAGGGAUCCCGAAGAUGUGUAUGAUGUGCCAAAUCAUAAAGUUCUGCCUUCACAGCUACAAGCACUUAAGGCAGCCAUUCAUGCCAUUGAGGCACGCAUGCCUGAAGCUGCAUUUGCUGGUUUGUGGAUGAAGUCUUCGCACAAGCUGUGGAUUAAGCGGCUGCGACGCACAUCAUCUUUGGCAGAGCUUUUACAGGUUCUUGUUGAUUUUGUGGGGGCAAUGGAUGAGGAUUGGCUGUACAAAAGUUCGUCAUCUGUAAGCUUUAGUUCAUAUUUGGAUGACAUUACCAUAUACUUCCAAACAAUGCCACAGACAACGUCAGCAGUUGCACUAUGGGUUGUCAAGUUGGAUGCCCUCAUCACACCUUAUCUGGAAAGAGCUGAUUCUGACAGAGCACUUAGCAAAGAUUCUCUGCAAACAAGAACGUGAGCAUGCGGUGAAAUAGCUAGGAAUCGAUGAUGAUUAUUUUGUGGUACUCCAGCAAGCGCCCAGCUGACACGUUCUUUCAUCAAUUGCAAGUUUUUUUUUGUUGAUUGUUGAGUCUUUUUUGUCAAGACUGACACAAUCAUGGUGUCUCUUACUUGAGCUUCAGGCCUUAGCAGCGACCGAGACCUUGCACUUUGGAGAAAGCCAUGGCUUCUCGUUCUGUUGGAUACCUGGAGAACAUCAUUGUUCCAACCCAGCAGAAAAUCGUGCCUUGUGUACAAUAGUAGAACAGGGAAAAGGUUUUUUUGUUAAUAAUCAUUACUUCCUCCAUAUGAACUUUUUUUGGCCCACCCUAUUAGUGAUUAGUGAUCACGAGGAAUACUUAAAUCUAUAUAGGUCAUAUCUAGAUAGCUGCUGUAUGUUGUUCAUGAACUAAUGGCGGCCCCUUUUGUGCAAUAAGAGGGUCACAUAUAUCCUUUUUGAUCGGUUAGUUUUCCGUGCGGCUCAUUUUGCUUCCAGCCGGGUGUGCUAGCAGGCAGGAUUGGUGCCACCACUUUGUGUUCUUUACAGUGUAAAAUGGAAUUCUCUUUUUAGUUCCUCAUAGGAACUUGCUACAACGAUUUUGUACCAGUAAAACCACAUGUCCAUGCUGUUCUACACAAUGCUCUUGUUUGGUUGUCAGCAACAAUAUUUAGCUAUACAAAACUCAACCUUAAACAUCAAAGUUUAUGUUUCAAUUUAGGACCCUGGAUGUAACGUAGAGA